UGUUGCUGUUGGUCUAUAUGUAGGGGAAGGUAACCAUAGCAACAGUUUCAAGAAUGUCAACAGUUUGCACAUAAAUAUAAACAGAAUAUAACUUUUCAUUGAAGGAAUUAAACCAUGGUAGUUUUAGAAAUAUUUACACAAACUGUGAAAACAAGGUACAAAAGUACGUUAUGUUCAAAAGCUACAUUUUUAGCGGUGAUCUCCUGGUUAUUUAAAAUAAUUGUUCCAUACAUAAUUUGUUAUAAAACUGGAGGAUUCUGGUUAAAAACUGAUUUUUACUAUGAGCAACCAAAAGUGAACUUAGAGGGGGAUUACUUGAUCACUGCAGUCACUAAUAAUUUAAGUAAUCCAAUUAUUUGCAGUACAUAUUCCUAUUACAAGAGCUAUUUAUCAGAUUUGGACUUUUGUUCGUCCAUUAAGCUUCGAGAAAUCGAUAAAAAUUUUGAUGCAAAAAACGACGAAUUACGUUUUCAAGUUAAUAUAAAUCUUCAUUCCUACAAGAUCAACUCCAUCAACAUUGUGCUUCCAAUUAAAUAUGAACUAAGCGACCUGUGCCAAUUAAAAAUGCAAUCACUAAUAUACUAUCAACACAAUUUCCACCAGGAGAGAGCCACCAAAUUGCGUAUUUUUGCUAAUUUAAAUUUUAUCCAAUCAAGUGCUAUUCCAUGCAGGAGAAAACAUUCAGAAGAUUUUAAUAACCCGCUCAUCAAGAAUGGAGAUGAGAGUAAAAAUUUUCUAAUUGAAAAUAUAAUCGCUGCCUAUUUAGAAAGAAAUGUGACAACACAUUUAUCGAACAUCAAUACAUUUGUUGGAACCGAAAGCUCCACGUCGUUUGUCCUAGAACUGAAGGUGAAAUAUCCAGAAAAUCAAAUUUAUUAUCAGCCCAACUUUUGGCAUAUCCUAAAAUUCGCAUGGAUGCAGUACCUUGCAGUUUACAUAAUAACCGCUUGGCUUUCGAGAAAAGUAAAUAAAUAUAUAUUUCGUCACAGGUUGGUGUGGUAUUUUACGGACAAUCCUUUCAAAGCAAAAUAAAGUUUUUGAUUUUUGAUUUAA